AUGAACAUGUUCACCCCAGAGUUACCAGCAGUAGCCGAGUUCUCUACGGGAGAGACCAUGGGACACAGUGGUGAUCGACUUGCCGCCGCUUUCAACGUAUCAAGGAGAGAACAAGAUGAGUUUGCGUUACGCUCCCACUCCCUUGCUAAAGCUGCCACUGAUGCUGGUAAGCUGAAAGACGUAAUACCAGUUUUUCUUAGCGGAAAGAAGCCACAAACAGUAAAGACAGAUAAUGGAAUUCGCGUUUCAACCAUGGAAAAAAUGGCUUCUCUGAAACCAGCGUUUGUCAAGCCCCACGGUACUAUCACAGCUGCUAACGCAUCUUUCCUAACCGAUGGUGCCUCUGCUUGUUUGAUUACAACCGAAGAUUAUGCUCUUGCUAAUGGUUAUAAGCCUCUUGCUUACCUUCGGGAGUACCAGUAUGUCGCGCAGGAUCCUAAAGAUCAACUUCUUCUCUCACCAGCUUAUGUAAUCCCAAAGUUGCUGGAAAGGGUUGGUCUUGGAUUGAAAGACAUUGAUGUAUUCGAAAUCCACGAAGCGUUUGCUGGACAAGUUCUCGCUAAUUUAAAUGCUUUGGAUUCCGAUUACUUCUGCAAAGAACAUAUGGGACGUUCCGGUAAAUUUGGACGGAUACCAAUGGAUAAAAUCAAUCUAUGGGGAGGAUCUCUUUCAAUUGGACAUCCAUUUGGUGCAACUGGAGUUAGAUUGGCUUCACAUGCUGCCGGCAGGUUAAAGGAAGAAAAGGGACAAUAUGCCGUGAUCGCUGCCUGCGCUGCUGGUGGACACGGA